GCUGUAGCAGCUCCCGCUGUAGCAGCUCCCGCUGUAGCAGCCCCCGCUGUAGCGUCCGACGCGGCCGAAUCAACCCAUCACAGCCAACGCGAGAGGAUACACACGGGAUCUCCAUCUCUGCGGCUCCCCCCCGAUGCCGCCCCACGCCGCCCUGCGCCCCGCGUCGCCUUCGUUUCCUAACCGAAAGCGCUUCGCGGAAAUGGGGGGGCCCUGGAGCUCUCCUGGCUUUGCUGCAGAGAGUAAAGGGGACAGCGAUUUAAACACGGGAGCAGCAUCACCUUGAUGCGGCGACACCUCCGCGCUGACGAUCUCCGCGCAUUUCCGUCCCCGCUCGGGCUGAAUGGGAAAACUGCCGCGUGUGGAAGGCGGCUGCUUCCCUCGGCAAAUCAGAGACUGUAAGCCGCUAACGCAAAACAAAGGAGAGCGGAGAUAUCUGCCAGCAUCUGCUCCUUAAUCCAAUGCAUUUUAUGGGAAAAAAUGGAGGAGCGCGCACUGGGGCGCCGGGGGCAUCUCUGAAAAUGGAAAAAUGCAAAAUCUGAGUCGACCAUUUGCCAUUUGUCCUUCUUUUUAAACGGUUAAUUUUUAAAUUAUUAUUAUUAUUACCCCAAAAAAGGCUCAAUGAAGAGGAGGAUGUCCGCGGCUCUCUGUGUGAUGGUCAUGUCUUCAUCUUUUUUCAACCCCAGCUUUGCCUUCAGUUCCCAUUUCGAUUCAGAUGGCGCUCCCCUGAGCGAGCUCUCCUGGUCCUCUUCUCUGGCGGUGGUUGCUGUUUCCUUCUCCGGCCUCUUCACCUUCAUCUUCCUCAUGUUGGCCUGCCUGUGCUGCAAGAAGGGGGACAUCGGCUUCAAGGAGUUUGAGAACGCCGAGGGCGAGGACUAUCAUGCUGACCUCCUGACCCUGGCAUCUCCUGCCUCCCACGCCGGUCCUGACGUCUACAUCCUACCGCUGACAGAGGUGUCACUUCCUGUGUCCAAGCAGCCUGGCCGAUCAGUCCAGUUGCUGAAGUCCACAGACCUGGGCCGGCACAGCCUGCUGUAUCUGAAGGAGAUCGGACAUGGAUGGUUUGGAAAGGUUCUGCUGGGGGAGGUGAAUUCCGGCCUCAGUUCCACACAGGUGGUGGUGAAGGAGCUGAAGGCCAGUGCCAGUGUGCAGGACCAGAUGCAGUUCAUGGAGGAGGUCCAGCCUUACCGGGCCCUCCAGCACCCUGCUCUCUUGCAGUGCCUGGCGCAAUGCUCUGAGGUCACGCCCUACCUGCUGGUCAUGGAGUUCUGCCCCCUGGGCGAUCUGAAAGGCUACCUGCGCAGCUGCCGGGCGGCAGACUCCGUGACCCCCGACCCCUUGAUCCUCCAGCGAAUGGCGUGCGAGAUCGCCUCGGGGCUCCUGCAUCUCCACAAACACAACUACAUCCACAGUGACCUGGCCCUGAGGAACUGUCUGCUCACUGCCGAUGUCACGGUGAAGAUCGGGGACUACGGACUCUCCCACAACAAAUACAAAGAGGACUACUUUGUGACCCCGGACCAGCUGUGGAUACCUCUGCGCUGGCUCGGGCCGGAGCUGGUGGACGAGGUGCACGGCAACCUGCUGGUGGUGGACCAGACCAAGCCCAGCAACAUCUGGUCUCUGGGGGUAACCAUCUGGGAGCUGUUUGAGUUGGGAAACCAGCCGUACCGCCACUACACUGACCGGCAGGUGCUUACCUACGCCGUGAAGGAACAGCAGCUGAAGCUGCCCAAACCUCUGUUGAAGGUUCCGCUGUCCGACCGCUGGUACGAGGUGAUGCAGUUCUGCUGGCUGCAGCCGGAUCAGAGGCCCAACGCCGAGGAGGUGCACCUGCUCCUGACCUACCUGUGCGCCAAGGGCGUGAGCGAGGCGGAGGACGACUUCGAGAAGCGCUGGAAUUCGCUGCGCCCCAACGGCAGCCAUGUGGUGCCGGCGGCGGACCCGCCCCCUCCGCCGCCCCCGCCCCCCUCCUCCUCCUCCUCCUCCUUCCCCCUGCUGGAGCGCUUCUCGGCGGGUGACGGCUACCACCCCGAGCCCGGCGACGACGUCCUGACUGUCACCGAGACCAGCCGCGGCCUCAACUUCGAGUACAAGUGGGAGCAGGCACGGCCCGAACCCGCCUACUGCCCCUCCUCUGCCCACGGCGGGCCCCUGGGCCAGGGCGACCCGCGGUACCAGGACGCAUACUACCCCCCUGCCGUGGGCAGCUGCGGGGUCCCCGGGCUCACCCUGGGCGUCUCCCCGUCCUACUACGAGCCCGAGCGCCUGCACGCCCCGGGGGUCGUCCCAGUACUGGGUGCCUGCAGCCCCUCAUCCGGUAGUGACUACUACAUCCGCAUCGAGGACCCGGCGGGCUGCAGUGCCGACCUGGACUACGCUGUGUGCGCCUAUAGCCCCGAGUACCAGGGCAGCAGCGGCGGUGGCAGCUUCGCCACUGGCAGCGGUGACUCAGCGGAGUGCACGGCCUGCCCCGCCGCCACCCGGCCCGACCCCUACUGGCCGGUGGACGUGCGCAAGGCCAGCGCCUACGACUCAGACUCCAGCCCGGCUGUCUCCCUCACUAUGGAGCCCCUGCUGGGCCAGGACUCUGGCUCCAGCCCACUGCGGCCCUGGGAGUCGGGACACUACGUCUCCUACAAGGACCGGGACGGUGGGUACUACUAUGAGCCCCCGCCCUCCGUGGAGAUGGACCACUACCUGCUGGGGGAGCUCCCUGAGCCGCCCCAGGAGAGCUGGGGGUCCCGGAGCCUACGGCAGGCCCUGGGGGAGCUGGAGAACCCCCUUGGCAUCUCCCCGUCCCUCGGCAGCCCCGGCCGGGGCUACAGCAGCCCUUACCUGGGGAGUGGCCAGGAGCCCAUCCUAGGCAAGAGCUCCACAGGCGGGUGCUACUACGACAUGAUGGGCUCCCUGCGGAGCACCAUGCCGGGGCCCCACCCCCUCAGCCCGGACGUGGAGCCAGGGGGGUCCCUGUUCGCCGGACCGCGGGACAGCGAGGAGGACCUCUUCCUGGAGAGGGGGGCCAACACCUGGACCUCCAACCGCUCCGCCAACAACAAUAGCCUGCGCUUCAAGCGGCGGCCAGCAGGGGGUGGCACACGGGAGUCCCGUGUGGACUUCCACUACACGCUGCCCUCUACUGACGUGGAGGACUCCUGGCCCCGGACGGACACCAGGGGCAACCUGACAUUCUGCCCUGCACGGCCCCUGCGCUACCCGGAGGACGUGGCCAAAGACAGUGGCUGCCUGGGGCUGGGGAAGCACCAUACCCUCAUCCCCUCCAACGAGUGCAACACCUACAUCUACCUGUGCCACGGGGGCGGGCCGGACCAGGUGAUCCAGCCCGUGCCCUGUCUCCAGCCGGACGCCUGUCCACAGUUCGUGGACCCGCUGUCCGGCGUGCCGGUCAGGAACUACGCCCUCCACGACUACUCCAGAGAGAAGAACGCGGAGGUGGUCCGCUUGGAGAACGAGAAGAACCGGACCCCGUCGACCAGAGAUGUGGCUGUGGGGACAUCAGCGCUUGGGAGAGGGAACUCCCGGUUGGAGCGCGUGGAAGAGAUCAGCAAAGCCGACGUUGUGGUGAGUGGGGGGCUGGCUAAGAAAAAAGAGGGGGCCGAGGACGGCAAGGCCCCCGGCCCCACCCCCUCGGGGAAGCCGUUCCACCCGGGGGCCCCUGCCGAGCCCGUCUCCGAAGGCGUGGACGGGGGCUUCUCCUCCGGCAUCAGUCUGGUGGACAUCGGAGACUGCAGCGACGAUGACGUCACCGAUGUCACUGACGUCACCUCGGGGGUGUUCACCGACUUCGCCGUGGGCUUCCCCGAGGUGGCGGGAGAUGCCCCUCCGGCCCUCAGGGCCCCCGGGACACAGGCGGGGACCCCGGACUCCGUGGACUCCAUCGAUCCGCCCUCCGCCGCUGGCUCCUGCGAGGAGGCCCUGAGCCCCGCCUCCUUUCGCCCCUCCAGCCCGCCCAAAGCGCUGGACAGUGGGUACGACACGGAGAACAAUGAGUCCCCCGAGUUUGUCCUGAAGGAGCCGCACGAGCCGCGGGAGCAGGAGGCCUUCGGCCAGCCCACGGGGAAGCCCUCGCUGGGCAGGGGGCCGGAACUGGGGGACGUCCUGACAGCGGACCUGGAUAAAGACGAGGGCGUGUCUCUGUCUGCAGCCCACGGCGCCGAGCUCGGCCUGACCCGCCUGAGCGAGAAGGACCCCUACAGGGACUCCGCCUACUUCUCCGACUACGACACCGACGGCGAGCGCGUUUCCAGGAACAAUGUGGGCGGCUCUUGUGAUAAGCAGGAAGGCGGGGGCCUCUCGGGCCGGGAGGCUGAGGGGGCGGAGCCAGUGAGGCCAACAACCACUAUGGAGCUCUGGCAGCCGGGGCAGGAGGAGGGAGACAGCUUAACCUGGCCACAGGACGUCGGGGGGAUGUGCCCCAGGGGAGAGCCUUCGGAGUCGCAUACGGCUGCCUCCCUCUCCUCCCCCGUCAUCUCCACCCUCUCCCCCUCUCCCCCUGAGAUGGGCGGGUGCCUGACGAAGGAGCCCUCCCAGGAGGAGGGGCUGGGGCUGGACUCCCAGCACUCAGGGGAGGAGCCUUCCUCCGAGUGCUCCGCCUCCUCCAUCUCCGGGGAGUCAGGUGGCUCACAGGAGCCCCUGCCCACUGUGGGCAAUGGGGCGAUGGGGCCUGGGGGCGCCGGCGAUUCCCCGGCUGAAUCCUCCUCCUACAGCUCGGCCAGCAGAGACAGCGCCAGCGGGGUGCUGUCAGACAUCAAGCAGGAGGCGGAGAAAGAGGAGCACCUCAGGGAGGCGGGGAAAGAGGAGGAGGCCGAGGAUGAGGGGCAGGACCUCACCGGUGAGAAGUUGGGGGAGCGGCAUCUCCAGGAGAUGAAGGAGGAUCAAGAGAAGGAGGAGGGUAAUCUCCAGAAAAGGGAGGAGGAGGAGAAGGAGGAGAAAGAGGAGCACGAGACGGCUCUCCAGGAGAUGGAGGUGGAGAAGGAGAAAGAGGAGGACAAGGAGGAACUCCAGGAGGUGGAGACGGAGAAGGAGAAAGAAGAGGAUGAGGAGGACCUCCGGGAGGUGGAGGCAGAAAAGGAGAAAGAGGAGAACAAGGAGGACCUCUGGGUGGUGGAAGCAGAGAAGGAGAAAGAGGAGGACAAGAAGGACCUCCAGGAGGCGGAGGUGAAGGACGCAGAGGCAGGGGAGGGCUCCUCCUCGGGCGUGUUAAUCAAGGAGGAGGCGGCAGGACUCCUGGGUGCCAGGGCUGAUGCGAGGGGUCCGGCCCCCUCGUCCCCGCCCCCUCCCCUCCCGCCCCGCCCGCUGGAGAGCCGGGUCUCCCCGGGUGACGGGGAGGAGGCUGACGAGGAGGAUGGCGACUCGGAGGACAGCGAGGACUCGGACGAGGAACUGCGCAGCUACAGCGUGCAGGAGCCGAGCGAGGAGAGCGAGGAGGAGAACCCCGCCGUGCCUGUGGUGGUGAGUGACCGCGCUGACGCCCGCAACCUGCGCAGCCUCCUCAAGAUGCCCAGCCUGAUCGCCGAGGACCUCGCCGACGAGCUCGACCGCAAGAAGAAGGCCGUCUCCUUCUUCGACGACGUCACCGUCUACCUGUUCGACCAGGAAAGUCCGACCCGAGAGCUGGCAGAGCACGGUUUCCCCCCAGGGGCGGACUCUGGAGGGCGGGGCUCGGAGAGGGCGGAGCCACACCCACAGGAGAGGGUGUCUGACGACUCGUCUGAUGGGAAUCUUUCCGAAGAGAGUGGAGGGUUCGAGUGGGAGGAUGAUUUCCCCUUGCUGCCCAGCCCCUCCCCGAUGGUGUCGCCGGUGUCAGAGGUGGCAGCGGUCCCCGAGUCCAAACCCGCGGCGCCGUUCUCCCGCUUCACCGUGUCCCCCUCCAGCAUAUCGCGCUUCUCCAUCACGCACGUGUCCGACUCCGACAUGGACUCCGCUGGAGGGAGCAGUGAAGACGGAGAGAGGGAGUGA